AUGGUUCCAGGCAUCUGUCAGUUUGCCACGGAGAAGCUCUUCGACGACCCACAGAUUCUGGAAGUGAGGCCGAUCUCGGCGGACUUGUUGCCUGCUUUCGAUGCCGAAAGCAAACGCAGAAAAUAUGCGCUGCUAUUGGGCAAAGAGCCUCGUCUCCACGUGAAGACCAAGUCCGCGCAAACCUCGAGUAUCGAGAUCUGUUGCGAGACGGAUCCAGACAACUGCAAGGAUUACAGGCUCGAGCACUCACUGAUUCAAUUCGAUGAGAAGCCCGCCAUCCUCGACGUUCCGGCUGCGGCAUCCACGAAGUGCAAACUGACUGCUCGAGGCCUGAGCAAGAAGUCAUCGACGACGCUGGACUUGAACGUGGAGGUGAAGACCAUCAAGCAUGUGUGUGGCUGCGACCUCGACGCUGAAGCAGAGGAAGUCCAGAACAUGUUGGCGAAAGAUUUCUGCACUCCGGUUUCAUGUGCCAUUGAUAAUUCGAACCGGGAGCCAGGUCCGUCGUGUAACUGCAGCAACGGCUAUGCUGGGAACAUUGUCUGGGAGGGUACCAAUGUCAGUGGCAAUUGUACCCCUGCUCCAUGCUACAUUGAAAAUUCGACCAGGAAGCCGGGUCUCCAGUGCCAGUGCAGGGAAGGCUUCUCCGGUGCGGUUCACUGGGACCAAUCUGUUGCAUCUGGUGAAUGUCUGCCAGCUGACUGCGGCAUUCCAAACUCCAUUGGCAUGGGGCCGGAUUGCAAGUGCAAGGACGCCUACGACGGCAACAUCAGCUGGAACGGUUCAGACGCUAGCGGGGCAUGUGCACCGGCUGCAGGCUGUGCAGAAAACGUUGAAAACAGCAUAGGCGAAGGACCCCGAUGCAAGUGCAAAGAUGGUUUCACAGGCAAGGUUCUUUGGACGGGUGCAGUGCCUCACGGAAGCUGCAAAGCAGCAGAGUGCCACAUAGAGAACUCCAACCUCGAACCCGGCCCAGGCUGCAAAUGCAAGGAUGGCUAUGUGGGUGAUAUAAGGUGGCAUGGAGACCGUCCGAGCGGCUCUUGUACACCGGCGCCUUGUGCGAUCAAGAACUCCAACGAGAAGUCGGGCCAACGGUGCGCCUGCCUAGAUGGGUUUGCAGGAGAGAUCACAUGGAAAAACCACACACCACAGGGGCUCUGUCAGCCUGCGUCAUGCGCAAGCAUUGCGAAUUCAACGGGUUUCGGAACACAGUGUAGGUGCAGCGAUGGUUUUCAGGGGACUGUGACGUGGUCGGGUGCCAAUGCUUCUGGAUCCUGCACGCCUGCAAAGUGCACAGUUGCAAAUUCGAAUUGGGAGCCUGGGCCUGCAUGCAAGUGCCCCGAGGGGUUCCGGGGCGGAGUUCGUUGGAACGGACCAAACUCUCACGGCCUUUGCGCUCCCCUGCCGUGCCAUGGCACACAUUCGAAUGGCAAGAGGGGCCUUGAGUGUGGUUGCAAAGAUGGAUUCGAAAUCAAUGGGUCCCGAGAGCUGGUCGUCCUGAGGACGAGGAUCUAUAAUCAAACAGCUUUCGCUGUCAAAUGUAUACCGGCUCCGUGCAGUUUAGAGCAUUCAAACAGGCAGCCGGGCAAAGAAUGCCGCUGUGCAGAUGGGUACGACGGGGACGUUACGUGGAAGGCUCAGGUACCCAGUGGGAAUUGCAAGCCAGCCCCCUGCUAUGUUCCAACCUCUAACCGCAAGCCAGGACUAGAGUGCAAGUGUUUGGAUGCGUUUUCUGGCCAGAUCACGUGGAUGGGCGAAAGGCCAAAGGGCAGAUGCCGGCCGGCCCAAUGCAACAUUUCCAACUCCAACCACAAGGCGGGGAAUGACUGCAAGUGUCAAAACGGUUUUGUUGGAGAGAUUGUGUGGAAAGAUGACGUACCCCAUGGGAGCUGCAAGCCCGCUUCUUGCAACAUUCAGAACUCCAACCUCGAGCCUGGGCCGGCCUGUCGGUGCAAGGACGGCUUCGCAGGAUAUAUCGCAUGGGACGGUACAUCGGCCACAGGGGCGUGUGAGCCCAUGCCCUGCCAUGUUCUCCACAGUAACUACGCACCAGGUCCCGCAUGUCGGUGUUUGCCAGGGUUUUUUGGACGCAUUGUAUGGAGUGGCCAUACGGUGUCUGGAAUGUGUGCGCCCCGGCCGCUGUGUGGGUCUGAGCAGGAAGAGGUGGUCCAUGUGACCCGACUUGUUGCAGAUCUGAUAGAUGAUAGCUACCACAACACGUGCACGGCAGGACAGGCCAUGCUUGUCCAUGGUCACACCGAACGCACAUAUGAUGCCAAAUUACGAUUGAGAUGGACUUUCGCAGAGGCCUUGCCGCCCGCCAAAUGCAAGGUGGAAUGGCGUGAUUCGCAAACCACAGAGGUCAACAAUCCCGACCCGGAACACUUCAGCCUCACGAGCUGGUGCUCAGCGAUGCCUGGCCAGCCACUCUGCUCGUCGCACAUCGUGUACACCGUGACCACUCGCAACACAUCGCAGUAUGCCUGCGAUUCUUGCAAGACGUCAGAGCAUGCUUUGACAGAGUUUAGAGGCAGCCGCUGUGGAUAUGACCUCAUCAAGUGGGAGUCCCUGACCAUUUCGCCUGGAUCGCCCAAUGCGUGCGAGUGCACCCUGUCAUUGAGCUGCAGCGAACUACCUUCAGAAGAGCUUCCAAGAGCUUGUAUCCACUCCGCAGAGCCUGCGAUUCUGUUCGAGGACGAUGGGGGUUAUCUGCUUUUCUACGAGACCGGAGAGGUUUCCCAAGCGAUCUCCAGCACGGAGCUCAGUUUUGGAGCAGCCUCAUGUCAUUUAGAGCUGUAG